AGCUUACCCAGAUUGAGGAUCCCAGAGAACAAUGGCGGCGAGAGCAGGAACGGAUGCUGAAGGAGUAUUUGAUUGUAGCCCAGGAGGCUCUCAAUGCCAAGAAAGAAAUCUACCAGAUUAAGCAGCAGCGGUUCGAGCUGGCUCAGGAGGAGUACCAGCAGCUGCACAGAAUGUGUGAGGACGACACCCGCUCCUACACCGGCUCCUUCUCUGGAUAUUCAGCAAAUACAAAGUACGACCCAUACCAAAUUAAAGCAGAAAUAGCAAGUCGUCGGGAUAGGCUUUCCAGAUUAAAACGAGAGCUGACCCAGAUGAAGCAAGAACUGCAGUACAAGGAGAAGGGGGUGGAGACCCUGCAAGAGAUUGAUCGUAAGAUGUCAAGUGCUCACACCAACUACAAACUGGAUGAGGCCCAGGCGAUAAUGAGUGAGCUCCGGACCAUCAAGAAAGCCAUUUGCACAGGAGAGAAGGAGAGGCGGGACCUGAUGCAGGACUCUGUUUCCAAAGAAGCUCACAUUCACCGAUUCUUAGGACUUGAACAUAUCAUUGGGGAGGACACAGUGUAA